AUGACCCUCAAACCUCUGGCAUCUGUGCUUCCUCAAUCUAUAUCUGAAUGGGGGCAGCUAAUCCAGCUUGCUCUCAGAUUAUCCAUUAGCUCUGUGUGGUAUCCAGAUCACUUUUACGUGCAUGAUGCAGAUCACACGAUUCGGUUUUCCCCGCAGAAAAGAUCAUACGUAAAGCAGGCAUCAUUCUCUAGCGCUGUACUUGUUAUUCUCUCCCCAGCCCCAACUGGGGUCGGCUUUCAGGACGUCUGCGUGACCUUGACCAAACGCAGCACCAACGUCACUACGCAUAAGGGGCAGAUGAGUUUCCCAGGGGGACAUGUGGAAAUAGGGGAAACAACCGAGCAGGCCGCUCAACGCGAGGUGCAGGAAGAGAUUGGGCUGGAUUCUUCCUUAUAUAAUAUCCUGGGUGGCUUGACAACCAUUGUUAGCUCUGAAAGAGGUACCUUGGUCACUCCGCACGUUGCUAUCGCGGACAUUCACAUUCAACCGAGUUACACUAACUCUGAAGAGGUGGCCUCCAUUCACUACGUUCAUUUAUCGAACCUGCUUCUCAACAGCGAGCAUACUCAGUGUCGCGUAUUAAAAACUAAACCCUUCGCCCGCGUGUCAAAGCCUAGCUACUUUCCUUGCUUUUUUGCUAGUAGUGCUUAUGAUAGCCUAAGCCCGCCCAUAAAACCCUCAAUGGCGCUCCCACCUAACUUGGCUCAUGUGAAUUCUGAGGUUAUCCUUCCCGAGGACUACCCUGGUCAGAUGGUUUGGGGGUUGACUGCUUUUGUGCUGUGUGAGCUCUUGGCACGGUUGGCUGCUGCGUUAGAGGCUAAACAUCCCAAUAUCGAUGCUGCUAGGGCUGCUUCUAUUUUAAGGUGUUCGAAUAUAGUUGCUUGCGAUUCUGACUUUUCAACCUAA